UAAAUUUUAAAGUGUAAAUUGCGGUUAGCGGUUAGAGCAAAUCUUUGUAAUUUAAAGCAAAAUUAUCGAUCUUUCCUUACAAUCGAAGCGAAAAUGGACUCUGAUUUGUGGACUACGCGUCUCUUAGCUGCCUCCAGGCGAUAUCAAUCUCGAUCUGCUCACGAAGGAGGUGAUGUCGAUGGUGAUGAUGAGUCGCGGCCGGAGUUUCUUUGCCCGUUCUGUGCCGAGGAAUUCGACGUUGUCGGACUUUGCUGCCAUGUCGAUGAAGCCCAUCCUGUUGAAGCUAAGAAUGGGGUAUGCCCAGUUUGUGCAAAAAGAGUGGGGAUGGAUUUGGUUGGCCAUAUGACAGUGCAACAUGGAAGUCUUUUAAAGAUAUCCUUUUUGUUCAAGUUGUCUAAAGUUAUAAGUUAGUUCCUUUCUAUGUUGCAGUUAUGGUUUUGGUUUUGAUUUGGUGGAAUGCCCUAGUGCUUGUGGGGAUGCCUUGCAAAACAUGAGCUCAAAGUCUGUGUGUAGAUACCAUAAUUGAACUAAUAACUGACUCGGUUUUAUUGAUAAUGGUUAGACUGUAUUUUGUCUCAACAGAAAACCACCCGGUAUAGGGUUUUAGAAAUUGUUGUUUCAUCAUACAACUGAGUACUGACUAAAAAAAUUUCCUGAGCCCGAUUAGGAAACAUGUUUACAAACAAUUUUGUCUAGCCGUCUCGGGAUUCUGCCUAUUCACCGGAUUUUGCCAGUUUGCCGUCUGGAUUUAUUUCCUAGAAGAAUUAAACCACGUGUCUGCUUACUCUGUGGUGUGCUUGGAGUCUUUGUUAUCGCAGAUUCUUUUUUACUAGUGCUAUUGGAACUUUAAUUGGUUGACUUUCCUUU